AAGGCGUUCUAUUUUUUCUUUCAGAAAUUUUUCACGCGUCUUUUAAAGAAAGAUAUCUUUAAGAGACCUUUUAAACAUUUGUUCCACCUGGGAGGCUGCGUUCCGUUUGGGCUGCGUCGCGCGCUGCGAUCUUCUAUCUUUCUCUGCGGCGCGAAUGGACGAUAUUUGCGGCGCGCCAAACGGAACGCAGCCGGAAUGAACACGCGAGCUUCCACGGAUCCGCGGAGGUCGCCCGAUGACAGCUGAUGGUUGCUGCGGACCGGUCAUGUUUGCGUAGUGCCUGCGAUGAAGGUGCGUCCGAGUACUUCACGCGCGUGCACGACCAUGCACGCCGGGUCGACGCUGUCGUAGGAGCGGGAUUUUUGCUGCCGGUGCGACUUCCUCCUCGACUGUUACCCGUGAAGGUUAUGAUCACCGGUGCCUCGACGUUUCGACGCCAGCACCGUUAGCACUACGCGGUAAUUACCGAAAUUUCCACGGCGCGUGAACGCUCCCGCGAUGAGAACCGGCGGCAUGCUCGACGGCCGCGAGUUCGGCAAGCGGGUGCGUCGUCUCCUGGACGGUAAUUACUCCUACCGGAAAAUUUUGCUGCUCGUCCUGAUCUGCGGCGGCCUGCUGCUGUACUUCGGCCCGCCUGUCGCGCAGUGGCUCUUCUUCACCGUCAGGGAGCCCAUCGAAGCAUUUGAAGAUCACUGCAUAAACGAGAGACUGGCCAGUUUCUACUUCGACGCUGCUGAAUACAACGUGAAUAUUCUGCACAAUCCACCGAAGGAGAACGAACAACCUUACCUGCCGUAUAUCGGAAAUGGUGUUUUCGGCGUUCCCAUUUCUCCCGAAGGCUGGCUGUAUAUUAAGCAUGGAAGAGCUCUCUUACUGCCAGUGCAAUGGCAACCGUUGAUCACUCAUCCCAUAUCCAAGGACAGAGACAUGUCCUUGUAUCGAGAAGCAACCGUCGUUCAUUUCACUAACGGGAUUGUUCACAAGUACCAGUGCCUUAGAGAGGGGUAUCAUAUAGAUUCUCAAUAUUACGCUCACAGAGGUCUCGAGGGGAUCUUAGUGCAGAAUAUAAAGCUCGCUAAUCCAUAUCUGCUCUCCCAAGAGGUAGCUUUGAGGCCUCAGGAAUCGACACAUUGGAGUAAUUCUCACGUGGAACCGAUCAAGAUUCAAGUCGAUGGGCUCAGUCACGAGUACACUUUCGUCUCCGGAUUCGUGCCGCUGCCAAAUUCGAACAAGAUAGUGGUGGUGUCGAUCAUUUACAAGGUGCCGCCUGAAAGGGUGCAGGUGAAAGCGCGCAGUUCCAUCAAGCUCGAGUUCUUGACGAGCAUUCAGUACAGCGAGCCAAUCUCGUCCGAGCAAUAUCACGUGGAACGCGACGCUACCAAGAAGAGAGCGGUCGACUUAUUGAAGAAGGCGAUCGUGCAGCAGCAACGAGGCUUGAGAGAGGAGCAUGUGAAUCUCUGGCAGAAUUAUUGGUACACGAGUCUGCGGAUAAGCGACUCUAAGGCUGAGGGCGCCAUCAACGGCCACAAAAUUAAUUCCACUAUGUAUUAUGUGCUAUCCCAGGUGUCGCGUAGCACGCAGGACAUCGAGAAGAAUGUUGUCAUGAACGAAGGAUGUUACCGAGGUCACCAUACUUUGGACGCGCCUCGCUUGUGGAAGGAUACCACGUCUAUCGACGCUGUGAACGAGAUAGUCGAGGCGUGGUUAAUAACGUUGGAAAAGCAAGGCUGUCAUCAUCUGGUAACCGGUGGCCCUGCGGCUGUACAACAAGCUAUUGUGUUGAGUCUCGGUGGUUUGAGAUUCAGUAAUCAACAUCUCGAGUUCAAUAUUGAUCCUCAGUACCUUCAUCGCGAUUACUUGUUCAGACGUAUAAGUUACGGCAAUUUAACGCAUCUGAACAUAUCCGUGGCAGUUGGCGAGGAUAACCGUGCAAUAUUAGGAGUAGCGUUAGAUAAGAGCGAUAGUAUAUAUUUCGGAUGCGAUGCUGGCUGUCUGGACGCUCCGGUUCCCCUUGGACAAACGUACACGAAUUUCCCCGUGAAGUUAACGAGACCGUUAACGGCGAUACUUUACAUCACGUCCGAUCACCAACAUAUGCAAGAGCUUCGUAGCGCUCUGCAUGUGCACGAGGUGGAUGAUGCGCCCGCGCACGAUCACCAAGUGAUGGCUCUGCACAAGCACGGACAUCAGCUGGGUGGUUUGCCCACGUUGUUCUGGGUUAGCAUAUCUUUUCUGAUAAUAGUGUUCCACCUGUUUCUAUUUAAGCUGAUUCUUACCGAGUAUUAUGGCCAUCAGGAUCGGCAGCGAGUCCGAUACAAUAAACCGUGAUAGGACUGUACAUAAUUUUCCUAUCGCCGCGAUAUGUACAUAUGUAUAUUGUUGCGAUGUGUACAUAUAUAUAUAUAUUUUUCAAACUCAUCGUGUGUAUACCAAUUGUAGAACGUUGUGGGAUGUGUGUGUGUGCGUGCGUGCGUGCGUGCGUGCGUGCGUGCGUGCGUGCGUGCGUGCGUGCGUGCGUGCGUGCGCACCGGUCUUAUCGCGCAAAUCAUAUUUUUAUAGCGUCAACCGAGAGUGAAUAGAAUACAUACCCUUUCUCGCGAAUGUAAGUUAUUUUUCUAUGCGACUACAUGGCUGAGAAUCGGGAGUUGGGGUUUCAUUCCCGCCGCUGAUAGCGGCUAUCUAUCCGUCAGUUUAUCCAUAUAUACUACAUUCUACAUACGUUCGUGUACAUAAAGCUUGAAAUAGCGUUCGUAUUUAACGACGAAUAAUCGCGAUCGCGACUGAAGCCUCUUGUUUCUGACCGAUGUAACGUUAUAUUCACGAGAUUAACCGUUGAAUAAUCGCGCAGCUUUCAUAGCAAGGAAUAUGUUGUUAUAUUCCUCGCUAUAUAACAAUAUUAUAUAAUAUUAUACAAUAUUAUAUAAUAUUAUAUAAUAUUAUAUAAUAUUGUUGAACGUGUUUAGCGUUGAACGCGCAACGGGAUUAUAGAGUGUCACAGGGAGAGAAUUCGUUAUGAUAAUUUGUCGACAACAUUUAUUAUAGAAUAUGUUAAACGUAUAAUAAAUUGUACUACAACGUAAUUGAACGCGUACAUAAUCGAUAACAAACGUAGGAUGGAUAUCCAUCAGAGAUCUACGCACGUUGAGUGAUAACUCGGCUAAUGGCGAGAUAAUAAACACGAUUGAGUGUAUAUCUUGGAAUAGUCCGCGAAUGGCCUGUCAUUGGUGGAUCUUCAUCAUCUUUGAAGAUGCGAUGAGUAACAGUGAUUGAGAAUUAAUCCUCACUCGACCGGCAUUUUUAUGAUCACGAUAGCUUUGUGACAGAAAAUUGAACGACUGAUCAAACGACGAUUCUUCUAGACGUAUUUGUGUAAGGUAUACUUAAAAUUGUCACUUUUGAAGAAUUUGGAACACCAAAUAUAGCUGUUGAGAAAUUUCAGAGUAAAGUAACUUGUAGAUAUUUAACCGUGUCGAACGAAUGGAAGGAUAUUUUUUACAUUUUUAGGCGAAAUUGUUCUUUAUCUUUUAUCCGACGAUAUUUUACGAAUGAAAGGAGCGCAUAUCGGCCCGUAAAUUCAUAUCCAUUAGUCUGAAUUCACAAUAGGUGUAAUAAGCUUUUAGUCUUUUGCUCUGGGGCCAUUCAACGAUUACGUCACGCAUUUUUUAUUCCCUCCCUCUCUCUUCGUCACAUUUCUUCACAAAGGCCCGUAUUUCUUUUUUAUCGAUAAAAGUGCUUAAUGUUUCUUAAAGGUUUCUUAAAGGGUUCUCUACAAGGCUAUCAAAUGAUUCCUAAACCACGUUUAGAAAUACUUAUACUCAUAAAAGAGAGUUCAGAAUAUGCACGUGGAAUUAUUCCUCUCUCUCCGUUGACAUAUAGAAUAGGAAAAAAAUAGCU